AUGGCAAAGACUGCGAAAGUCAAGAAAGACCCCACCACAAAUCCAAAAUCGCGAGCCUCAAAGAGAGCCGCUUCCCCGUCCAUUAACGUCGACGAAUCCCUCAGGGACGCCCCUCGUGCUUCGGAUGCUACUCCAAUACUCUCUGCACGUCCAAAUGGCGGGGUCACGAAGCUAAAGAGAAAACAGAAAUCUCUGACGAGGGGACAACGACGAAGACACGAGAAAGGACUUGCAAGAGCAGAGGUUGUCCUGGACCAACUGGCCAAGAAGGUGGAUGAUGCCUCGUCCAGGCUCAGAAGGAGACGUGAAAGGAAAAGCAUGUGGGACGAAGUAAACGGCACCGCCAAAUUUGACAAAAUGAAGGUGAUUCUGAGUGACAAUACGGAGCAGGUGGACGGUGACGAGUGGGAAGAUGAAGCCAUGGAGGCAGUCAAGAGUGAGGCGAAAGUUGUGGAAGACGUCAAUGUGCCUACAACAGCGGCGGCAACCAAGCUGGUCGUUGUCGAUCGAACGACUUCCGCGCCAAUGACCGACGAGGAGGACGAGGCCGACAAGAUAACGUGA